UUGCUCAGCAUUUUGUAGGCAAUAACUUGCAUCCUUUAUACACACAGGGGAGAGAAGUUGAGUCCAAAGGCAAUGUCGACCAAUGAUGACCAGAUCAGUUCUGAUCUGGAGACAUUUGCCGAUGACGACGAUGCCCUCUACCGCCGCGAGAAAGACUGCGACAGCGACUCCUUUGGGCGCCAAACGAGCAUUGACACGUCUUUCAUGAUCCAGGUUGACGUCAUUGUGGCAGUUCCGGAGAGUGCGAGCCGCAUGGCGUUCGAGACCUACAUCGAACGUGCGGGCCUUGAAGAUUCCGUGCUGGCCCUUGAUGAAAAGGAGCUGGCCGACGCCUUGCUGGAGGCGCAAGGCGGAGACCCAGAGAAUCCACUCCUGGUGCUGGUGGGCGAAGAUUCGUACUUGGAUGACAUUCGAAAGCUUCAUCUUCAAGUGAGGCGACCCUUUUUGGUUUUGGCAUCGGGCAACUGCCGAAGCAAUUGCCACUAUCUUCUGCCGGCCUCCUGUGGUCAGGCCAGCUUCACAGAAGCACUCAGGCACUGUGUGGCUUGGAGCAUGUCCAAAAGGGUCUCAGAGCUGACUGGACGAGUCAGAACGUACGUCUGAACCAAGGCUUCCAAAAUUGGAUGGAACCUAGGUUCUGAAGACAUCAGCAAGUUACUCCAAGGUUUCUCCUACCACCCGUUUCUUUGUGUGUGCCUCCACGUUUCACAUGGAGACUGGUCAGGGGGAUCGAUUCG